UGUCACAUCCUUCUGCACCAGGGAGAGCAGGAAAUGGCAAACUCCCAGUAUGAGGCAAAGCAUUCUCAUUGCAGCCAUUGGUCCACAGGAGCUAUAAAUUGAUGUCCUCCAGAAACAGAUCAAAAUUUGUCUUUGGGGAGGUCAGCAGGAAACUGAAGAGCCAUGGAGAGAAAUGGUGUUGACUUCCCCCAAGCACUAGACCCUACGCACCACUUCCACAUAGCGUUGCUGGAUCAGAGGCGGAGGCUGCAUGGCCAGAUUGCUCACCUUCACAAGGCGGCUCGUAAACUCAACAAGCUUCGCAAAAGGUCCCUGAUUGCCAAUGUCAGUGGGAGCACCCUGACUGCCGCGGGAGCAGUCACAGCAAUCGUGGGAUUGUCCCUGAGCCCGGCAACACUGGGAGCCUCUCUCCUGGCAUCAGCUGUGGGUCUGGGCCUGGCUACUGCUGGGGGGGCUGUCAGCAUCACCUCUGAUCUCUCCUUAGUGCUCUGCAAUUCCCGGGAGGUGAGGAAGGUACAGGAAAUUGCAAUGACUUGUCGGAAACAGAUGAGGGAAAUCCUUGGCUGCCUGGAGUUCCUCCGCCGGGGGCAGGGCCCAGGGGACCCCACACUACGCCAGUCAGAGAAGAGGGCGUCCAUCUCACUGUACAACUCCAUCUGCUUCAUGGUAUUCUGUGGCUCCCACAGCUUCCUUGUGCCAGAAUACACAAAGGAGGUCACAAAAGUGAGCCAGGCCGUGCUGAAGGCCAAAAUACAGAAGCUGGCUGCCAACCUUGAGACCUGCACCAGGGCAAUGGAUGAAGUCUGUGAACUCCUUGAGGCCAGGACAGAGCUUUCCCCACAUACGAGGAGACUCAGCUUGGGUGUUAAAACCACCUUUGAGACCCCAAGACCAUCCAGCUGAAACAGUAUUUUCCUCAUAAUUAAAACUGGGCUCAGAGACAUUAACUUGUUGCCACUAUUAGCACGGCUACCUGUUCCUACUGUAAAAUUGGUCAUGCUUAUCCACACAGGUGUGCACUCCUGUCAUGUGCCUUAUUUAUGUCUGAACACACUCUUUCGUAAUAGGCUAAAGCCUACACACACAGACACAACACCCUGCCAGCUCAGAGCAGCCCUGUGGGUUAUGGGGUACGCAGCAGCAGAUCCCAGAGCCUGCAGGCAAGUGUAGGUGUCUAUUCCUCAGAUCCAUGUUCCCGCAACCAUUACUGCAGCUCUCCUUCCCCAAGGCAGCAAAAAGAAGCGGGUCGGGAAGCUGGUGAAAUCCCUGCAGUUGUGGUGCUAACUGACCCUGUGUGUAAAUAACUUAUUUUGAAUCUAUGAGAGGUAAAAGGGCUGGUAUACCCUCAAAAAGCCAGCAGCUGCGAGUUUCCACUAGAGUGCAGACCUGUUAACAAGGUACGUCUGGAAAGGCUGUUGAAGAAAGCAGUUCCAGACAUGACAGAUUGUAUGGAGGGCUCAUCACCCCAGGGUGAAAUAGCCCAGAAAUUGUUAUCCUUUCUGAAGAAACCUCUUUGUGCUGAGAACUGUGAUGAUGGUGUUCUAUUUAUUUACAUAGGGUUAAGAUUUGAUGUUGUAUUUAAAGAUGUAUUUUUUUUUUUUACAAAGGAGGCUUCUGCUCCAAAGGAGGGCAGCUUUUCUUGGAGGCAAAGCAAGUCUGUGACAUGUGAGAGCAAGUCCCCUGUUCUUUGGUUUUGAAGGAAUGCAAGUCCCUAUAGGAAAAGGAAAGCAUAGCCUGAAUGCUGGUAACUAUAAAAAAGGGUGAAAAAUUGCUAACCAGUGACAUAUUUUAGGAAGCAGAACAGGGAGAAGGACAGAUCAGUGACCCUGGGACCAGAGCCUGCCUCAGGGAACCGGUGGAAAAAAGUAGUUGUCCCUCUUGCAGCAGAGAGGGAAGCAUAGGUUUGUGUUACUGGUCUGAGCUGGAUCCCAGCUGUAAUGGGAGCACGUUUGAAAUGUGGAGGUGCCACUCUGUGCGGCCAAGCAGCCUGUGAGAUCCACAACAGUUUGACUGUGAGGGUGGAGGCAGCACUCAUGGAGAGCUACACAUACUCUUAGCAAUGCUUCCCAGGGUAAGCUUAACAUUAGCAAUAUAUGUACAUUGGCACUAAUACUCAAGAGGGAGUGCAGAGGAACAGGAUGAUUCAGUGGCAGAGCACUUACAAAACAGGAGGAAGGACUAGGAGGACUCUGUUUCAGGUGACUGUUCUGCUAAAUAUGUCCUUUGUGAUUUUUAACCCCUCAGUGCCUUAUUUCUCUGUUUAAAUAUGGGGAUAGUAGUACUUCCCUAUCUUACAGGGAUGUCUAUGUGACAAAUAUUGCAAAGUACUCAAGUACUGUGAUGAUGGGGAUCAUGUCAGUACCCUGAAGAGGUACAAGGAAGAGACCCCGGAAACUAGCUUGAGACUACUAGAGGAAUUAAUGCAGGGAUAAUUCCAGCUCCACAAGUUGGCCUCAGUGGAUAAGAGAAACUUCCUUGCAGAUGCAUGAAUCAAAAUGAUGAGAAAACCCACUCUGUAAUUCUGUAAUACUGAGCAAACUCUUUGGAAGGGCAACACUGCAGCUCACAAAGCUUGAAUCUUGUCCAUUUUGUCUCUUCUUCAUUUGUCUCAUGACAUUGACAUUUGCUUUUACACAUAAGAAGAACAAAAGCUUUUGUCCCUCAGACUGUGACUCAGAUGCCUGUAAUGCUGAUGCUUGUUUGCCAGAAAGGAACAAGUACACUGCUGGUUCAAUUAAAUGAAUAUG